UGGAAACAUAACUUAGCUCAACAACGUUGUGGUUGGCCGUUUUAGCAAAGCAAAGAGAAUGGUUGUGUUUUAAAGGUCACAGUCGCAACAAAACAGGAGCGAAUGCAUAGGGUAUAAAAGGUGUCGCUGUAAUCUGAUCAACUCUAGUCAAGUCCGUUUCCAAGAUUUUUCAGUCCAGAACAAAUGGGCGUCGUCGAACCCCAACCCCAACCCCAAGGCCCUGCCAUCAGAGCUCUCGGCUCUCUCUUCAAGCUCACCCAUGUCUACCUUUGGGACGAUGGUUCGGCCGAGACACCUCAAUGUUCAUCCUUCUCCGGACGCUCUAAAUCAGCUGAAGACGAUAAGGAUGAUACUGGCUCAAAUAUUCUUUCUUCAACCAGAGAUUAUAGCCCUUUACCUGAAGAAAUGGAACUCACCGAACAGAUGAAUGCAUUAGGGCUUCCUCUUUCCUUCCACACAAACAAAGAGAAGAUGGGAAUGGAUAAAGGCAAAAGAAAGGGUACACGCAUGAAGCAGUCAAACAGUCAUACAAAUAUUGUGGAUGGAGCAAUUGAAAUAUGCAAAGUGAGUGAGGGGGAGAUUUUAUCUCCUACUAUUUUUCAUGAUAAUACGAGCAGUUCUUUAUGUUCUAUGUCAAUGCUGGGGCAAAGUGAAUCAUCUAAUUAUGAUGUUGCAGUGGAUGUCAAAAUAUCCCAUUGGCCCGCUGAUGAAGGAGAUAAUUCAGCAAGUUCAACUAGGAUCACUUGUGACAAUGAUAAGGAACAAGUUUUUGAGGGAAUAUCCAACAUUUUACCCGAUGAUGGCUUGGAUUGUGGCUCUGUACCCAGUUCUAUACUGUUCAAGGAUGACAUGAAAAAUUCAGCUAAUUUGAUUAACUUGGAUAAGGUACUUUGUAGGGGGAGCUAUUUGACAGAUACUAGCUUUGACAAUGAUAAGAAAGAAUAUAAUGGAAGAUUACUGGAUUAUGAAUGUAUAGAAAGGUUAUCGGCUGCUUACCAUGAUAAAGAAAAAGUGGAUAAUUCAGACAAUAACAGCAAUGGGCAACCAUAUCUUCCUGAUUCAUUUGCAUGUACUCCUGUUCCAAAAAUGCUAGAGGAGGAUGGAACUGAUAGCUUGAACUGCAAUGAUGAUCAUGGGUAUUGGAUGGUGUAUCGGGACACUUUCUACAAUAGAAACUAUUUUUACAAUAUCAAAACACAUGCGUCUACAUGGUACCCGCCUGAGGGCCUGGAAUAUUUGGCAUAUGGUGACGUUAAUAAUGAGUCGAAUGAAGUGACUACCGAGGUAACAAAACUGGAUGUUAGCCCUGCUGAAGACGCAAGUCAUGUGUAUAAUUUGCAAACUAGAGUUGAGUCGUCUCAUGAACGCAAGAAUAAUGAUAAACUUGGGAAUUGGCCACCUGAUGAGCUCUCAGUUGGGAUCAAACUUGGUGUAGACAACUCUCUUUCUGGUGUGGCUGUAACAUCGGCGAGCAGUUUUGAGCAUGCAGAUGCAAUUUUUGAGAUCAAUAUAAGUUGCACUAAUGAAAGAACAUUUUGCUUGAUACCAGAGACUAACAGUUGCAGUUCAGGAAUUAAAAUCAAGCCACCAGUUAAUGAUGAGGUCAGCAGUGGUGAGUUGCAACAGACAUAUGCUGAUAGACCCAAUGAACUGGAUUAUGUUGAUCUCCUUGAUAGACCUAGUAAAAUCAUCUCUUGCGAUGCAAGUUAUGAAGAUGAUGAAGUCUCUCAAGUUCUAGAUACCAGCAGGUUGACCAAGACACAUACUGAAGCAGCUUCCGAGUGUAGUGAUAUAACUUUUGGAAAUGUGGAUACAUUAACAGAUAAGAUAGAUACCCGUUGUGACCAUAUUAUGAAAAAACAAAAAAAGAAAGUGAGGAGAACACAAAGACAGAGAAAAUCCUCCAAUGACAAUGAAGAACUUGAGUUUGAAGGAAUUCUCAGAAAAUGUUCUGCUAAUAUUAGCAAAUACUGGUGGCAGAGAUACCUGCUCUUCUCUAAAUUUGAUAAUGGUAUAAAAAUGGAUGAAGAGGGAUGGUUUUCUGUCACUCCAGAGUCUAUAGCUAGACAUCAUGCAUCCCGUUGUGGCAGCGGCAUCAUAGUUGACUGUUUUACUGGGGUUGGCGGGAAUGCUAUACAAUUUGCUCUAAGGAGCAAACAUGUAACUGCAGUUGAUAUUGACGAAAAGAAGAUUGAUUAUGCGCAUCAUAAUGCUGCCAUCUAUGGAGUUAACGACCACAUAGAUUUCAUAAAGGGUGACUUUUUCAGUUUGGCACCAAAGUUAAAGGCGGACACAGUUUUUCUAUCACCUCCUUGGGGACCUGAUUAUGCUAAAGUGGAGACAUAUGAUAUCAAGACAAUGCUAAAGCCACAUGAUGGAUAUUUUCUCUUUAACACUGCAAAGAAAAUUGCUUCCAGGCUUGUUAUGUUUCUCCCAAGAAAUGUUGAUAUCAACCAAUUAGCAGAGCUGUGUUUAUCAGCUCAUCCUCCAUGGGCAGUAGAGGUUGAGAAGAAUCAUUUAAAUGGAAAGUUGAAGGCAAUAACUGCUUACUUCAAUGCUCCAGCAGUUGAUAAUGAAUCAGCCUGAUUCACAGCUGGGGAGAGUAGAUAGUUGAGAUGAUGAAGUAGUUGGGGCCAUUGAGUAUUUGUACAGUUUCGUAAGUUAUUCUGUGGACCAUCUAUGUUUGGGCAUUUUAAUUGUUAAAUGGGUGCAGGAUUAGCCAGUCUUGUAAAGGUUUUUACGAUAUCAACUGUAGUUAAUUGAAGUAUGUGCUUUUGUUGUAAA